AUGCCAUUGGUAGACCCUGUGACGAUGUCGACACCAGCAAAGGCCGCCUCCGACGCCGGCAAGCCCAGGGACGGGCUGCACCCAGUUCAUCCCCUGUCGAGCCCUGCCGCGCAGGUAGUCCGACACGUGCAACCGGUGCUCCUCGGCGGACUCUUCGUCGCGCAGUUCAGCUCGCUCGUGGCCGAACCCGUGCGCACUUUGUCGAGUUCCCUACCGGUAGUCGCUGCGAUACAGAUCAUCUACGCAUUCAUCAGUUUGCCAGCGGCUGGGUCGCAAGCUGCAAAGGGUGUGCGCAAGUCCCGGCCCGGCGAGAAGAAGAAGGCCGAGAGCACGGGGCCGAAUCCCUUCAUCGCCAUCUUCCUCUCCGUCCUCCUCGCCGCCCUGAUCACGCCGGCCCUCCACAUCGUCCUCGUCCUCUUCGGCGCCCCUUUCCUCACCCACGUUCCCCAUACCCUCCUCUGCUCCGCCAACGUCGCCCUCCUAUCGCUCUUCCCGCUCUUCUACGUCCACGGUGUCGAGGCCAGCACAUGGGUGUCCAUCGCCAGCUCAGCUGCACCUCUGGACGAGGCAUACGGCGGUCUGGUGGGCGGGCUGCUGGGCGCGUGGCUCGGCGCGGUGCCCAUUCCCCUAGACUGGGAUCGUGAGUGGCAGAAGUGGCCGGUCACGAUCCUGUGCGGCUUGUAUGCUGGUUACAUCCUGGGCAAGACGGUCGGCGGCACUCUGGCGUUUGGCAAGAAGAUGGCGAGUUCCGCGAAAGACGACGAGUGA